CAAGAAAAGAAGACUGAAGGUUUGCUACUGAGAUAAAUAUGAAGGGGCUGCAUAAACUGACAGCAUCGGGGCUGGCACUGUUCCUGGCAGCAUCCUUUGUUGUGUUCUCCUGGAGUGCCCCUCAGGCUCAUUUCCAAAGGAGAAACUGGACUCCUCAGGCCAUGCUCUAUUUGAAGGGUGCACAGGGACGUCGGUUCAUCCCAGAGGAGAGCCAGAGGAAGGAUCUGUACGACAGGAUGCAGCUUGAAACACGAAGCCAAAACACAAAGCCUUUACCUCUUUCUGAAGCUGCUGCACUGUUCCUUAGUUCCUUACAGAAAGCAAAAGAAGUUGAAGAAGAAAACAGUGAUCAUCCUGGCUACUUGACAGAUAAUCUAUCAAACUGGUGAAAUAUUUCAAAUUUCUUUAGUAUUUGUAUUGCAUCGACCCUGAAAGCAUAACUUGUGUAAGCAGAGUGUUUCAUCCAUUCUCACUUAAGUUCACAAAAGGUGACAUAUAUUUGCGUUGCAAAAUUCUGAAUGCAAAGGGAUUAAAAGGUACAAGUUGAGAUAAGGGAAUGCAUUUGUAAAGUUCCUGCUUUCCUUAGAUCUUUUUCUAUGUCACACUCAAAAUUUAAAAUACAUGAAAACACACAGAGAAAUGGUUAAAACUGUCUUUUUGGACAACUAAUUCGUUAAAAACAGUUUUUCAGUUGUUAUUAGGAAAUCUUUUGUCACCUUCCACCCAGCUGUAUACUGAAGCUUUUUUAACUUCCAUAAGAACAGAUUCUUUUACCACUUCACUGCUGGCCCUGUAAGCUGCUAGUGGUCAAUAAAUUCAGUGAGACAUUAAAAAAAUCCAGCUAUUUUUUGCUGCAGGUAUCAGUCACCACAGGGAAUAGGCAGCAGCAUCUACUGCCCCAGUUACACACAUGCAGAAAUGUGAAUAAUUCUAUUGAGCAAGUCUCACCACAAGAAGACACUAUGGGGACUUAGAUUAUUAGGGCCUCAUUAAUGACUGCAUAGUUAUUGUGCUUUUUUGUUCUUGCUUUUUGAGUUGCAGAACUGGAAUUGUACAUAACUGUUAAUCAUCAUUCCAUGCUGAUAAGGAUGUAUCUCACAUUAUUCAUGUUGUUUUGUGCUCUUACUGGAAAGCCCUCUGUAGUUCUCAUGGUAAUUAAAAAGUAGCCACAUGAUUUUUGUGUCCAAGCAACUAUGUUUUAUUUGUUCAACCUUUAACCCCAGUCAUGCUCUUCAUCUUUGAACACUGCUUUCCUCCAGUCUUUCUCAAGACACUGAUAAUUAACUUGGUUAACUCACACUAACUAUAAUUCUGCUUCUCAACACAAAGAAAUGCAGCUAAAGGAACAGAGGAAUUCAUUUCUAUCAUGGGGUUAGAGGCACUUUCAGUAAUCGUUUAUAAUCUGUAUCAUUUUAUGGGGAAACAUAACUGGAGGAAUCAAAAUGCCCGAGUUUGUUCAUUUUUAAGCACUAAUAUAUCUUUCAAUAGCAGUGUAUGCUGUGUGACAGAAUACAUUCAUGAUGAACUUCACCUGAAGAUCAAUGGUAUCCACCAAAAUCCUUUCAUUGAUGUAACUGCCCUUUGUUUCAAGCAUAGUUGCACCAUCUCAGAUGCA